AUGAAAAGAACGGUGGAUGUGUGCUAUUACGUGCGCAACCCCAACUCGGACCGGGUUGUGAAGAUAGUAUACGAUUACGUCAUGGCUCGCAGCAAUCUACCGAAGAGGUGUCCGUUCCCAGCCGGGGAUUAUCAAGCGCACGAUAUACGACCGUCCGACGUGAAGCUGCCACCGUUUCUGCCCGAAACGACACUAAUGCUGGAAAUAGUAUACCGUUCGGAGGUAAGUGCGAAUCAUUUUGCCUUUAAAAUCACUUAUUUUCCCUUUUCUUUUGCAAUCCAUUUCCAUGCGCAACAGUUGCUAGCUGUGGGAACAAAUAUAGAAUUCAAUUCCCGAGUGAAGAGCAUUGACCUGUCACACACUUUCCAUUGCCCAGAUUCGUUAAUGAACCAAUCCAUUGAGCUAGGCAUUAACAUCUCGCGUCCUAUAACGGAUAUGAAGCUGCAGUUCGUGUACUCGGAUGUCACUGAGAAUGGGUCGAUUAGAAUGGUGCUUAUUAAGCGAACGGUCGACAUGUGCUUUUACAUGCGCAAUCCUAGCUCGGACCGAUUGGUGAAGCUGGUGUAUGACUACGUGCGACCACGCACCAACCUACCAUCCCGAUGUCCAGUCGAACCUGGUAACUACUACAUCCGCGACAUACGCUCCUCCGAUGUUCCGCUGCCUGCGUUUUUGCCAGAGGCGUCGUUUCUGUUCGAAACGAUCUACCGCUCCGAGGUACGUCGCGUAAACUUGAUCGAAUUUCGCAUGUACGGCAGACUGAUGCGAUUCAUUGAGAAUUUGUUUUCGAGCCCAUUGUAA